GAAGUUUUUUGGCGAUGUAUUUCUCAAUGCAUUAAUGCGGGCAUAAUUAGCAUUUCAUUCGGAUACCCUUACCCAAAAUGCCCUCAGACAAGGAUGAAAUCCACAAAAUGUUCUACACAGUAAACGAGCGAGUCGGAUCAAUAAUGGAGGUUUCCCCGAAUCAGCAGAAAAAAGGGAAACAUAAGUAUCUGGUUGUCACAGUCACUAUUACAAAACCCCAUGUGAUUCAGAUUUACGCCGUCAAAAACCUUGAUGGAGAAUUUCGUAAAACUCUCAUCUGUAACAUUAAAAGUCUCAAGAAGCUGGACUGCCGCGACACGAAAACACAACCCACAUAUGACGUACAGCUCAUCACUGAGUUAAAGACAUGGAACUUUCGUGCCACAAAGUUGGAAGCAAAAGGUGAAUUCGUCAGCGCAUUUUGUCGGAUUACCGCUUCUCUGCAACCUCAAUGGUUCAAAGCCAUCCAGCUUGCGAAUAUGCCGGCUAACGUGACCAUUUCUAAUCUGUCAUCGGAUCAAUCUUUGGAAAGCUUGCUCAAUCCGUCCGCUUCCGAAUACAGAGGUGAUGACACGGAGGGUUUGGUCCAGCGGCUUUUUGGCGCACGAACUGUUGCUGAUGUUUACCGCCCUCUGACCGAGAAAGAAGAGAAUGACAUUGGCCAAUUCCUUGACGAGUUGGCAACGGACUCUUCGCAGCUUAACGCAGCACAACUGACAGAAAUGUUGCAAAAGGAGUUGACAGAUGUGGAGGGAACAAACAUCCAUUCCAUCAUGGCAUCGGAGACCCAAGUUCUGAAGCUCAUGACAACGCUUGAUCAAGCCAUAGAAAAGGCUGAUAAAUUGGAACAACAAAUGGAGAGCUAUCACCAACACCUUUCCGAUGUUGAAGAAGCUAUGGCGGCUCUUCGAGACAGUGACCAAUUGGUUCAAACUACAGUGGAUAAUCGCGAUCGAUUGCUCAAGGUCUUGGAAAACUUACUUUCUCGUUUGACUUUGGACGCAAAGUAUGUGCAUUCUCUGCUGGAAGUGAAGCUAGACACUCCGUCGGAUAUUAUUAAGUGUUGUGAGGCUGCAACCUACCUGGACACUUUGAUCAAUGCUAAAUCUGAACCCGGUGAGGAGCACUUACGUGCCGUAGAUGAGAAAACAAGAGAGCUGCUUCGAAUUCGUGACUCUUUCGCCACCGAGCUCGCAAAAAAGGUGAACAACACUGUUGUUGGCUUUUCGAGACAAUUGAGGUUUGUCACUGGAGUCAAUUUUGGUUCGGCAGCGGAUUUAGAUGGACUCGGUCAGUCCGGUGGGUCCCGCAACAGCAACCGAAAUUCGUCGAUUCGGGCCGCUCCAGAGCUUUACAUGGCUCAACGGGACGAAUUAGUACAGUUAUCUCUUCUCAUUGGUGGGUGGAUGAAAAAGAAUAGGAAAGACAUUUAUACCGAGUUGAAACAGGAAUAUAUCAGGCAAAUGCAACCAUUUUUUCAUCAUCAAGUUUCGGAUUUUCUCACUCGUGCUCAGCACAAUAUAUUCACCCUCCUCCGACCUUCGAAAAGUGGCAACGUUCUUCGUGCACCGGAGGUGGCCACUUCCGAAGUUGGGAGCACGCUGUCCGUACACAAUCCAGAAGCCAGUGUACUCGGCCAAAUCUCGAACAUUGUCGAUGACACGUUACUCCAAAUUCGAUCACUUUUAUCAACUGAAGAGAGAUUUUUGAUCCGAUUCUUUGAUCUUCGUGGAAGUGACGACGUCCAGUACGUUCACCAAACAGCGGAUGACAUGGAAACUCUGAAUGGGUGCAUGUGGAAUCUCCUUCGGGAUAUCGAGACUGACGCACUCAAUUUCACCUCGGCGUGUGAACAAAUUCAGCCCACAGUGAUCAUGCCAAUCUUGGUAGUGAUAUCGCGUCACGCCGAAGCUGAAGCGCGUCGUGGUGGCCAACUGGGGACAACUGUUGAUGGCGAAUACGAAAACUCCUCCUUCGUAGUGUUCACUCUUUCUCGGUUUACCAUGAUUGCAAAGCGAUCUUUUAAUCGCUACAUCGAAAAGUUGAUCCAGUCUUUCAACGAUAGUAAGCCGAGCAAAAAGAGUCGGUGUGGUGUGCUGCAGAUUGUGAGGAGCUACGCAGACUUUGCCGAACGUUCGAUUGCAGUGUUUUCCCAGAGCUCACGGCUGGUCGAUUUGGAACGUGCUCAUGGGGAACUGGUACGUGCCCUGAUGGCCCAGCUAGAGCAAAUCGCAUCCCAAACUGUGAAGACUCCUCGGGAAGUUGUGCAGUUAGAAAACUAUCACAGACUGUGUGACAUAUUGAGACGACUAAAGCUUCCUGGCUUGGACGAGUAUCUGCACGAGGCAAAGAAUCGGUACUCUCACGCACUGGAAGAGUACACCAAGAAUUCCAUGGGUAGACCUUUGGAGAAGCUUGCGACGUUUUUCGAAGGCGUUCAGGCGGCUCUCACUGCUGGAAUCCGACCAGAAGUAAUCCAGUACCAGUUCGCUUUUUCGAAGCAUGAGCUUAAAAAAGUUAUCCGUGAAUACCCAGGUCGAGAGGUCAAACGAGGGUUGGAGAGUUUGUGCAAGAAAGUGGAGAAACAUCUUUCCGAGGAGGGAAACCUAUUUCAGGUGGUUUGGCGAUCUAUUCAGGCUCAAUUUUUAGAACAAUGCCAGCUGUUCAAUGUGCUAAUCAGUGAGUGCUAUCCUGACUCCGGCUUAGCCUUGGAAUUCACAAUUGAAGACUUGAUCAGCUAUUUUACUGAUAUCGCUCGAUCUAGAUAGUAUCGUUCGACCGUGCUUGUUACGGAUUGUUGUAACAGUGCAUCUUUCAUCAGACACACAGGGCGCCCAGUACGCCAUUUUAGCUCAGUAACUACAUACCCUUGUUCUCUGACUGUCAACUUUAAUCCUGUACCUUCUUUUGUACUUUUUCGUGCAAUUCUCCUUUGUCGCUUUUUAUAUAGAUAAACAAAUGAAUACAAUAAUAUGCUUUCGCACGUGA